CCUUUAGUCAGCUAUAUUAAACCAGAAACUACAAAUUUACAUAAAAAAAGGAGCAGUUUAAUUCUGUUAGGACAAGCAGGGAAACCAACACCAGCAGCAGGACUCCUGGAAACUUUACUCCUCUGGGACAGACAUGAUGGAGAAACCUGCACUGGACUCAAAUGAGGAGAGGUCCUGGUUGGGAGAGGGUCAGUCUGAAACUCAGCUGUCAGCAGUGCCCAGUCCUGACAGAGCUGAGCCGAACGGUGCAGAUCGGCCCGCUUGGGACUCUAAGAUCCAGUAUGUGUUAGCUCAGGUUGGCUUCAGUGUGGGAUUAGGGAAUGUGUGGAGGUUUCCAUACCUUUGCCACCAAAACGGAGGUGGAGCCUUCAUGCUUCUGUAUGUUUUCCUUCUGCUGCUUGUUGGAGUUCCUCUCUUUUUUAUGGAGCUAGCUGCUGGCCAAAGUAUUCGACAGGGCAGCAUUGGGGUUUGGAAGCACAUCUCCCCAAAGCUGGUGGGGAUCGGCUACUCCAGCAUCGUGGUCUGUUUUUAUGUGGCUCUUUACUACAAUGUUAUCAUUGCAUGGAGCCUGUUCUAUUUGGGUAACUCCUUUCAGUAUCCUCUGCCGUGGCAUCAGUGUCCAAUGGAUGUCACCGUCAAUGAAACAGUAAAGGAGUGUGAAAAAAGCUCCCCCACGCCAUACUUCUGGUUUCGGAAAGCUCUAAACAUCACAAAUUCCAUCGAGGACAGUGGAGAAUUUAACCCCAUCAUGACAGGAUGUUUGUUGGCUGCUUGGGCCAUCGUGUCGCUGGCUAUGAUCAAGGGCAUCAAGUCCUCUGCAAGGGUGAUGUACUUUUCCUCCGUGUUUCCCUACGUGGUGCUUUUUAUUUUCCUGAUCAGAGGAUUGUUGUUGGAUGGUGCUAUUGAUGGAAUCGCCUACAUGUUUUAUCCAAAACUGGAGAUCUGGGGUAGUGUCCAGGUGUGGCGGCAGGCGGCCACGCAGGUGUUUUUUGCCCUCGGUCUGGGAUAUGGCUCAGUUAUCGCAUAUUCCUCCUACAAUCCAGUAAACAACAACUGCCACCAGGACGCGCUGUUGGUCUCCUGCAUCAACUUUAUGACAUCUGUGCUGGCCUCGCUGGUGGUUUUCAUCGUGCUUGGUUUUCGUGCCAAGAGCAUUGCCCUACACUGUGUAGCUGAAAAUCUUGGUGUGUUAAAUCUUAUGGCUUCUAAUGGAUCGAGUCAACCCUGGUGGCCCUUUUUCAAUAUCACAGAUCCAAGCUCUGUGUCUAUACCUGAAUACAGACAGUGGUACGGUGAAUAUGGCUCCAUGGUGGGGCUUAAAGUCACCGACUGCAGCCUGGAGGAGGAGAUGAACAAGGUAUCAGAAUGA